UCAAAACUUCCUCUUCCUCGUUGUCUCGGGUCGUAUUGCGCACAAGACAACAUCCCGGUCCCGGUAAACACUGCCCCCUGCGACUGCCGCCUCCAAGCUGCGAAAGUUGUGAACAAGCUUGUUGCUGAGAUGUCCACUACUCUGAGUCUGCGCGUUCUCAACUGGUACACCAGGCCUGGCACCUUGGGAGUCGGCGCUGGUGUUGGCAGGCGUUUCAGUCUCAGUGUGCAAAGGGAAGGCUAUAAAUAUGUUAAUGCACAGGAGUUGCCCACUGAUUUGAAGUCCAUCACUGACAGGGCUGCCACAACUCUCCUUUGGACUGAGCUCAUCAGAGGAUUGGGGAUGACUAUGAGCUAUCUGUUCCGUGAGCCCGCCACCAUCAACUACCCAUUUGAGAAGGGCCCUCUAUCCCCCCGCUUUCGUGGAGAGCAUGCCCUCCGUCGUUACCCCAAUGGAGAGGAGCGCUGCAUCGCUUGCAAGCUGUGUGAGGCCAUCUGCCCUGCCCAGGCCAUCACCAUUGAGGCAGAGACCCGCGCCGAUGGCAGCAGGAGGACUACGCGUUAUGACAUUGAUAUGACCAAGUGCAUCUACUGUGGUUUCUGCCAAGAAGCCUGUCCUGUUGAUGCCAUUGUUGAGGGUCCAAACUUUGAGUUUUCCACGGAGACCCAUGAAGAGCUGCUGUACAAUAAAGAGAAGCUACUUAACAACGGAGACCGUUGGGAAGCUGAGAUUGCAGCCAACAUACAGGCCGAUUACUUGUACAGAUAGACUGGCUCUUGCACCUGUAAUGUAUCUGUGAAGCAUUAACUGCCCAUUGACAAUUUCUUUUUAUUAUGAUUUCGCUAUGCCUGAAAGAGAUUCCCUUAGCAGUACAUAUAUUCCUAUCAGUUACAUGAGUAGGGUAGUACCUUCAUACCAAGAGCCAGUGGUUCAACUCCUAUGUAGGCCGCAAAAAAACACGCACAAAUGAACAACCUGUUCUUGGUCUGUGGGGGUUGAUAAUGCAAAAUGAUGUACCCUAUUAUUUGCUGACCAUAAUAUCCUAUGCAGAUCCUUCGAUAAGCCACGUGUAAUGCACUUUAUGAUCAUUUCGAGCACAUUAUUCAGGGAUGGGCAACAUGAUCCAGAAAGGGCUGGUGUGGGUGCAGGUCUUUGUUCCAACCAAGCAGUUACACACCUAAAUCUACAAAUCAAGGUCCUUAGCAAAGACUAUCCAUCCAUUAUCCAAGCCCAGCGGGGCUAACCAUGUGCCACGGAGAGCCAUGUGGAUGCAGGUUUUCAUUCUUCCUCAUUGGUUGGAGGGUUGUUAAUCAGUGGAGUCCGGCUGGAAUGAAACCCUGCAUACACAUGGCUCUCCAUGGCACAUGGUUAGCCACCCCCUGUCCAAGCAGCUUGUCCUUAGUAGUGUGGCGGGAUGCUGGAGCCUAUGUUGGAAUCAGGUGUGUAACUUGCUUGUUUGGAACAGAGACCUGCACCCACACCGACCCUUUCUGGGUCACGUUGGCCAUCCCGAAACCUUUCUGAAAAGGAAAACAAAGAAAACAAAGUCAGACGAUGGAGUAUUUUCAUGUCAGCUGACUGGCUUUAAGCUUCAGUUUUGCUUUUGUGUUUUAAAAGAAGCCUGCUUUUAUGCUUAGCGAGCCCAGUCGUCACUUGGAUGUUAUUUAACCACUAAAACGUAAAAUGUGAUAAGUCAUGAAUAUAAAAUAAAAAU